UGGUUCUGGCAAAGAACCAGACAUGGUUCUAGAUUGAUGAAUGAAAAAGGAACCUGGAACCAACCUGCAGAGGCUCAGAGACGCUGCUUCACUUUGGUUUGGCUCCAACUGCAGCAUCAGCGACGUUUUGGCUGAAUGUGAGCAGACAUUUACUGAAGUUUAUCUGUCUAAACCGUAACCAUGCACGUCUGAUAAAGUGCCACAUGUCGUGACUGAUGAAGCGAUGUGUGAGGAGGCCAGAGUCUUGCACAAACAUCAUUUUUUUAAAAAGAUCUUUAAUGCCACUUGACACGUUAUCUUUGUUUGCAGUGGUUAAAUUGUGAGAUACUCACACAUGAAGAACAUUCAAAUCGUGACUCUGGUGUCACACAGACAUCAUAAAGCAGCAGCCUGACACUUCAUCACUGCUCGUCCUGCGUCGUUCCAAGUGUCUCUGUGAAGAAUGAAUCUGAGCAACGUUAACGACACAUGGUGGACAUUGAUGGACACUGACAACAAAAGCAUCCAUGAGGUUGAUAGUGAAACAGAAUUUGAGCCUUAUUAUUAUUAUGGAAUACUAGAAGUUUCAACAUGGUCGAUCGCCAUCGUCGGCCUCGUCCUGACGCCCGUCGCCAUCUAUGCUGUUUCCUCUCUGGUGAAGAAAGGCAACGUUGCUCCGAUCUUCGUCGUCAACCUCCUGGUGUCUGACAUCAUUCAGCUCUGUGCCAUGAUGCUUUGGCUGACAGGAGAUGCAAAUGCCUAUUUUACUGGUGAAAUCACGUACGUUAUCGGUCUAGUGGCCAGUGUGGGCUUCAUGCUGUGCAUCGCUCUGGAAAGGUAUUUGCUCAUCGUCUGGCCGCUGUGGUACCGAACCAGACGAACAGUCAAGAUGUCCCUGUUGCUCUGUGCUGUGGUCUGGACUCUUCCUCUGUUUUACUUCCUCUUUUUUAUAUUAAUGGACUCAGAUCAGCAUUUUAAAUUGUCUCGUAAUAUUACUGGAGUCCUCUUUCUCCUCCCGCUUCCUCUGCUCGUGUUCUUCCUGGUUGGGACCCUUAGAGCUUUGUCUGCCUCCAUCAGUGUUCGUGCUGAGGAAAAGCGGAGAAUAGUUGGACUUCUGGUUCUGGUGCUGCUGAUUUACACACUGCUGUUCCUGCCUCGCAUCAUUUCUUACUUGGUACAAUAUAGUGGUUAUGAGUUGCCUUUAGCUGGUAAGAUUUUAAUUGAACUCAAUCCUGUUGCUGACUUGUUCCUGUACAUCUUCCUCAGAAAAGGGGCUGUAAACCAGGUUUGGUUCUGUCUGUGUUGUUGCAGAAAGAACAGAACUAAUCGUCAGUCAUCCAGUGGUUUGAAUGAUGGUGACGCAGUCACAAGUUUGUAGUCAGACAAUGAAACAUUCUCAUGCUGUAGUUUUCAUGUUUUGUCAGUUGUGUAGAUUUUGUAAACAAACAACAAACAUCCACAUAAAAAUAAAAGUUGUGUUUGUGUGAAGGACUUUGAGUGUUUUAAUGUGACGUGAGAAUUGCUGUUUUCUGUACUUGGAAAAAUA